AUGACAGUAUUGGCCCUUACGGACGUCUCUGGCGGAGAUGGACAAAUGGAUGCUAUCAACCCUCCAUUAAGGCAGACUCUUGAAGGGACUCAAUUUCUUGUUCAUGCUGCUGGUGGGUUGGUGGUCACAGAAGCUGGUUUUGAUACUGAGAAGUUCAUGAAUAUAAAAUGCCGGUAUAGUGGUUCAACACCACGUUGUGCAGUUGUAGUUGCAACUAUAAGGGCCUUGAAAAUGCAGGGUGGUGGGCUGGAAAUUGUUGCUGGGAAGCCGCGUAGUAAUGCCUGCAUAACUGAGAAAGUGACUCUGGUUGAGGCCGGUUGUGUGAAUUCAUAUAUAUCAAACACAAAAGUCUAUGGUGCUGGGGCAUAUGAUGCAGUUAUUUGUAUCCAUCAUGCCGAUGAUGGAAGAGCAGCGGCGUUGCUUCUUGACAUUGAUAUUGACACCACUACCGGAAAGGUUAUCGGUCUUUCUUGA